UGACAAAAAUAUCUUCACUUUUCCUCAGUCCUUCGAAAAGAGAAGGUCCAGCAACUAAAUACAUACGCAGACAAUUUCCAAUAUUGGAGAGGCCUUGAUUACAUUUAUUGGUGCACAAAGCGGCUGAAAAACUGUGCCACCUUGGAUCACACAUACAUAUUCUCUCAUUUGUCCAUGAAAUAUUCGACGGAAAUUGUGUGCUAAAUUGUGUGUCGUGUCUGUGCCUACUUAAUGUUCUGGAAUAUCUCGUACUGAUCUGCAAAGCACCCACGCAGCAAAAUGUUACCAAAGGUGGAAGUGUCAACGAAAAAUGCGUUCCUCAGCGGAAAAGAACUGAUCCUCGGUUUAGCAGUGGGUUUAAUUUGGUGGCCAAUAUACGUAAUUUUGACCAUGUUAAACCUGACGUUAAGAUUUCUUGUGCAAGAAGCAUACAAAUACUUUCAUGAACCCGGCAAAUACACAAUCUGCAGCGGAGCCGACGCCGUGUUUGGCUAUAGAAUAAAAGGAAAUUGCAACUCGCUAAUUCUGGGUUAUCAAAUAAUUAAGGGGACUCCAAACUUGUCCCAGAUUCGACAACGGUAUCAAAACAUGCUCCAAUCUCCGGAAACCAGGGAGGAUUUCUCCCGACUCAAGUGCAUCUUCAAUGACAAGUAUGGUUACUACUGCUGGGAGAGAGACGACCAUUUUGACAUUCGGCGACACAUAAGGGUUCUCGAUAAUUGGGACGUUACGAAAGAAGCCGACGAAGAAAAGCUCAUGGACCUAACUGGCGACCUCGUAAGAAAGGACAUGUCGACGGACAAGCCUCAAUGGGAAAUUCUUCUCAUUCCGAAAUACUGGACGGGCCAGGCUAGCGAAAAGAAGCCACAUUAUGCCCUCAUUACACGAUUUAAUCACGCUUAUUCGGACGCAAUAUCAUUUUUUCUCAUGGUAAAUAACUUUAUUGCCGACUCCAAAGCUGAAAUGGUCAUGGAUCCGACCAAAAUUCCGUUCAAAAUCCCUCUCUGGGCCAAGAUUGUGGUGAAUCUGAAGGCCAUCAUCAUGGGACCGUACUCCUUCGUCGCCAUCAUGUCAGCGUAUAUUCUGGACAAGAGCGUCUUCAGCGUCAAGUAUUAUUCGGAUACGAAAAUCUGCGGGAAGAGUCCUCCCAUCGCGUUCGAUACCGUGAAGGACAUCAAGAAAGCGUCGGGUGCGUCGGUCACGGCAAUUUUGUAUACUGCGGUUUACUCUGCACUGUACAAGGCUCAUCGGAGAAGCCACCCAAAGGUUGAAGUGCCGGAACAUCUGCAUCUGGGCAGCGUCAUGGCCAUGUUCCCCUAUUGGGAAAAGAGAAAGUUAGGAAACCAGUUCACGUUGUAUCCCUACACGGCAAACUUACCCGUGAAGGACAAUUGUCUCAGAGAAAGGUUGAGGAUAAGUGAUGAGAUCACGAGAAAAGCGAUGGGGUCAUCCGGGCCAGUGUUCAAUUUUGAGCUGACGAGAUCAUUGGGCUCCAUUCCAAAGAUAUUUCAUUGCUGCUUGUGGCAAUUGUCGGGCUGUCCAGUUAUGCUGUCCAAUGUUCCAGGAUUUUCUACCAAAUUGAAGAUUUACGGGGGUGAAAUGGUGGAUGGGGCCGGUUUUCUGCCUUUAAUGUCAACAAUGGGUGUGGGACUUUCAACGCAAACCUAUUGUGGCGAAUUACGAUUUAACUGCAUCGUAGACCCACAAGUAUUUAGUCGACGAGCCGAACUUCAACCUUUCCUAAAUGACAUUAUCGGCGAGUUGGAGCAACUGGGCAAAAUUUUUGUUCCUAGUAAAUCUACUGCACCAUUAGCAGAGUCAAUCUCAGAAGAGAGUCGUGAUAUUUUAAAAACUGACGAAAACGGAAAUUCAGACAACUUGGAAAUAUUUCUCCAACAAGCGAUCUCAUCGUAAUGAAAGAAAUGCGGAGAAUUAAUGCUAAUAUAUCUUAUCCUAAUAUCAUGUAGAGAAUGCGUACAUAGUUCCUACGAGUCUCUCUCAUUCAUUGUGAUUAUACUUAGAAAAUUAGUAAGAUUACAACGUGUUUGUUAACAUUCAUCGAUUUUUUAAUGCUUUGAUAAUAUUUUUUAAAUGUCAUAAUAUGUUUUUUAAAUAAUAAUAAUGCGGAUUAAAAUCUAAAAGUCUAAAA